AUGAGCAGUCCCGACAAGAGUCUCCUGGACCGCCUGAGCGCGUUGAAGGGCGGCAGUCCCGGAGUGUCAUUGGACAGGUCAUUAAAUGCCCUCAAUGUCUCCCUCACGGGCAUCAAGCCAGCGAAAUCGCCUUCGAGAGAUGAUGCACUGUCCGCUCGGUUGAGGUCCCUGAGGAACACACCCGAGCGUGAGGAACCACCCCCUCCGCAGCAGCAGACCGCAAAGGUCACGGCGAAUUCUCACCUCGGUCAGCAGUGUCCGGCAUCCCCAUCCCGGGGGUGGUCUCGCGCGGGACCAACACCGCCCCAUUCCCAGCCGCAACAGUCCUCGAGAUCGCCCGCCGCUCCGGCACCGGCGGCUCCGACGGCAGGAGCGGGGGAUGACGUUGAUCCUCUCCUGCAGACGGAUGACCAGACCCUCGAGGAUCUGCUCAACGACGAGGACUUUGGCCCGCAGCACCAGUGGCGCUCCAAUCCCAAAGAUGAGUCCGCCAAGGUGAACUUGCUUCUAGAAGAGCUCUCGAAGGCCUCGGUGGACCCGUCUCGGAGUAAAUGGCGAGAUGGACCUGUUGACGGCCAGGAUGAUGAUGAUGACUCGGAUAGCGGAGGAAUGGGCCGCGAGGUGGAGGAUUUGCUCUCACAGGCUCUGGAGGAGGCGGAGUACAAUUCUCGGCGAGAGUCUAUUCCACCAAUACCGGGCGAUAAGUACGGGGCUUCCGAUGAUGGAGGCCAAGAUACCUCGCGAGAGGAUCAUCAAGGUGGAGGUGACGGUGGCACAGGGCUCUCCCUCCCCUCAGUACCCUCAACCAUCGCAGUCCCCAAGGCAGACGAUGAAGCCGAAGGCGGCCUCCCCGACCUCAUGCUUCCUUGCGUACCGUCCAGUGCCCCCAAGCACGACGCCGCAUCAGACUUUGACAACGACAUCGCGGCACGCAUGGCCGCACUGAGCGGUCUCGGCUCCUCGUCGGACGGCGGCAUGGGCCUCCCCUCCGUACCGACAUUUCAACCCGCGGAUCGCUUCGUGAAGCAGAAGCGUCUAACCUCCAAGACGGGCUACACCGACGAGGAUGCCGCGACAUGGUGUACGGUUUGUCUAGAGGAUGGCACGUUGCAGUGCCUUGGCUGUGAGGAUGUCUACUGUGCCAGGUGCUGGCAUGAAAUGCACGUUGGCCCAGCAGCGGCCUUCGAUGACCGGACGCAUAAGGCCGUCCGGUUCGUCAAGCCCAAGAAGGAUAGUGAGAAGAGGGUCAUGCUGGGAGCCUCAUGA